AUGUCAUACCGCAACACUGAUGUUGCUAACCCUCAGGACCAAGUAUAUCCUCAACAACAAGCAGCUCGAUCGAGUCAGGUGCCACAACAUGGGUAUGGUCAAAAGAACAAUUACCAAGGACCACAAGGCACUUUCCCUGGACAACAAAUGAAUAUCCCACCAGGCUUCCCCCACCAACCGCCCCAGCCUGCACCUUCACAAGAGAAUGAGCUCAAAGCAAUGCUAAAGCAACUACUUCAAGGGCAAGCUGAUGGGGUAGUGGACACAAGCAAGAAGCUAGCUGAAAUAAACUCUAAGAUCGAGAACCUCAACACAAGGGUUUACUCUCUGGAGAAUCAUGCUUCUUCUGUUGCUGCUGCUACAAAGCAAGGACAACUACCUGGUAAAGCUAUUCAGAACCCCAAGGAACAGUGCAAGGUCAUCUUCACUCAAGAAGGACUUGUUGAAGAAGAGGAUCACACUACAAGAAUUCAGUGA